GCAAGCUUUGGCAUCGUCUAGACCCUUUGGUUGUAUUUAUUUUUCACAUUUACAAUCCAGCAUUUGGUUGAGCAGAAGCUAGAAAAAAAAUCAAAAUUACUGUGUGAAACAACGAAAAAAUUUUAAUAUUUUAAGUUGUUUUUAUAUAACAUAAAUUUGAAAUUAUGUAUUUGCCGGUAUUAAUAAGUGUGUUUGCAUUCUCGAUGAUUCCUGGAGUAUUUGCCAGCGUUGAAGAGGAUAUACUUAACGAACACAAUCGCUUGCGGCGGCUGCACCGCUCACCUGAUUUGCAAUUAGUCCCGUACGUUCCAGAUCAAGUACAUAGUGCUGCUAAUAACAUUACAGAAGAAGAUAAAGAGCCGCCCUAUGUCAGGGAUUUCCCUUUAAGUGUCUGCAAGACACUUGGGGACCCAGUGAAGUGUGUGCAGCAGUGGUACGAUGGAGUCAAAGAUUACGAUUUCGACAAUCCAGGAUUUUCGGACGAAACUAAAUACUUUACAGCGCUCAUUUGGAAGGCUUCAAACCAUGUGGCAGUUCUAACGAAAACAAAUCAAAUAUCUAAGAACAAAUAUGUGUUUGCGUUUUACCAUCCAUUGGGUAAUAUAGAUGGAAAAUUUAAGGAAAAUGUUCCAAGACUUAAUGGGUCGCCUUUAAGCGUAAAUCUGUUUCAAAUCAACAUUGGAAUCGUCCUAUUAUGCUCAUGGUUCAUAAACAAGAUGUUGGCCUAAUUCCAUUGAGUAAAGUGCUGAAAUACUUGGGCAGACGUAUUUCAAUUAUUUUCGGAUUUUGAGAU